AUGGCUGACAGUGGAGACUACACCUGUGUUUUUCCACUUCUUCAGACACCUCAAAUAUUCCACAUUGAUCUUGUUGUUGUUUCAUCUCCAGAGCCAUACAUCACAAUACCAAGUGACACAGAUGAUGGAGUGCAGCUGCAGUGUGAGGUUCAUGGUGCUCCUUCAAAACCUAAAGCAGAGUGGAAGGACAGUGAUGGAAACAUCCUUCCUGCUGAGGAGACACAGGUCACAGACAGAGGAGGCAGCUAUGACAUCAUCCUCCAAACUACUGUGACCAAGACCGACCGCUAUCACUGUGUUGUCACACAGGAGGAAAUCAACCAUCAGAUUCAUGCUGAGAUAUCUGUGGAUAUCAUUGACAACAGCAGAGGAGGAUGGGUCACUGCAGGGCUUGUUGGAGUUGCUGUAAUUGUAGUUAUUAUAGUGGCUUUUGCUCUAAAGAACAUCAGAAGACCUGAUACAGGUUCAACUCCAGGGACAAAGUUACACAGCCACUGAAUAAUCAGGGACAAUACAGCCCACGAAGAAAAGUCUUUACUCAGGUCGUAUUCACUGCAGAGUUUUUGGACUAUGCAUGUAAAAUCAGGGGCAUGUGGCUGGUUACUAUCACAGAUGAUAUAUCAUUUAAAUAUGGGGAUAACGUCUCACAUUUUCAAACAUACUUAGUGCUCAAAUGAAAAUUGACAGAAGCAGUUGUCCAACAAAUGAAAAACAGAGCAGAUAGAGACGUUCAAACCCUGGUAACCUUACCGAUGCACAGCCAGCCAGUCACAGCAUGAAGUGGGCAUGAGUGUCAAUUCAAUGGUUUCUUAAAUUUACAGAAGUGGUUGGACAAAGGCUGUUACUGAACAUUUUGGGCCCUCUUACACUGGAGCCCCCCAAACCAAAAUUACCACCACCACUUUGCUGAUUAUGGCCUCAAGGCCUCCAGUCAUUUUAAUGUCCCUGAAUGAAAAUGAAGAACAAGGCAUACUUUACUAUCAAUAAAGCUUUUAAUAAAAAAAACAAUAUGAAAACAAUAAAUAGCUAAUUACAAUAAAGUGAUUAAGAAAAUAAUAAAUAUAAUCUUUAUUUAUAAAGCACUUUUCAAAAGAGUUACACAGUAUUUUACAUGUCAGUGAUUAAAACAGACGAGACAUGACGACAACUUUUAAAAGAACUGAUGAAAACAUUUUAAUGUAUACAAACUGAGGAAAUAAGAGACAGUUUAAAUGAACUUAAAACUCAGGUAACAUCAGGAGAGGCUCUCUAAUAAAUGUAUGUUAUAAGAAGGGAUUUAAAAGACAUCACUGACUCGGCCGACCUGAUUACCUCGGGCAGACUGUUCCAGAGCCUCGGGGCCCUGACAGCAAACGCUCUGUCCCCUUUAGUUUUCAGCCAGACCUCUGGAACAGACAGAAGACCUCUGCCCGAGGACCUCAUACGUCCUGAGGUGUAUGUCACUAAGAGGUUAGAGAUAUAACUGGGAGAGAGACCAUGAAAAGCAUUAAAAAUAAUCAGUUAAAUCUUAAAAUCUAACACAUACUCGGUGCCGGUGUAAAGAGGCUGAAACUGGAGUGAUGUCAUCAUCAUGUCAGUUGAAUUCUUGUACAGUCUGGAGUCCAUUAAUAGAUUUUUGAUUCAGGUUAGAAAAUGCGCUGUUGUAGUGAUCCAGGUGUGACAGAUGAAAGCUGAAAUUACUUAAACUUAAAUUACUGUUAAACCAGAUUUCAGCUUUGAUAUCAUCUGACAGGGGACCAGCCACAGGCAGAAUUUGUUGUAAUGUGCUGCAGCCCAAUGACAACAGUCUCUUUUUUGUCUGAGUUCAGCUGAAGAAUUUUUUUUAGAUCCAGCUUUUAACAUCAGUCAGUCAGGCAGUCAGUCAUUGAGUGAACACAUCAUUCCAGGGUCUGUGGCACGUACAUCUGCAUUGGACAGCGUCCACCAAGAAGAGCAACCUGGUGUACAGUGAGGAAUGCCCAGACUUGUACAUUGGUGAAACAAAACAACCACUAAGCAAACACAUGGCCCAACACAGAAGGGCGAACUCGUCAGGGCAAGACUCAGCUGUCUGUUUACACCUCAAAGAGAAAGCACACUCCUUUGAAGACAGCAAUGUGCACAUUUUGGA